AUGGACACCGAUACCAUCAUCUCAUCGCUAAAGUUCGGUGGUCUAAGCGGAUGUACCGGUCUCCUUUAUGGCGGUGCAUCAGGUAUCCUGCGCGCAUCAAAACAUCCAAUUGUGCAUACGCUUGCGCAUGGAAUCCAUUUCAGUAUUUGGGGGGCUUCAUUUUGGUUCAUAAGAAGCAACAUCCUACAUUUCCACUAUCAAAAUGAAGCCACUCAACAGCAACGGAAAUACGUCAGUGCCAUAUCCGGUGGUCUCUCGGGUGGUGCUAUCACCCGAAUGAUGGGAGCCAAAUUCACACCCGGCUUCAUCGUCUUCUCCCUGGUAAGCUACCUAGGUCAAACAGGCUUCAACAUAGCCGAGAACUGGCACCAAGAAAAUGCCGGCAAAGAGGCCUCAAAAUCAAAAUCGAUUUUGGAGCGGAUGGCGGAAUCGAAAUGGAUUCCAUUGAAGGCUCUUUCGGAUGACGAUUUUAGGGAUAUACUAAAGGAAAAAGUAUUGAGUAUCGAGGUUGAGAUUGCGUUACUAGAUGAUAAGAUUAGGAGUUUGGAGGAGGAGAGGGCUAGUUCUGUGCGGAAAGGGCGGGAUGGAGAGAGCAAGAGCUGA